AUGUCAAAGCAUGCCCAUGUCGCCACUGAAGCGCAAGUCAGUUCCGGUGACUUGGAGCAGUUCUUCCAGUUCUUGCAAUGCCAGCUUCGAAUGGAAGCUGGCCGCUGCAUGGGAGCGACAUUGGAGCUGCAGGAUCAGCAGGCUAGAGCGAUCUGGCCGUAUUUUGAGGAAUGGGUGCAGCCCAACCUUGGCAAGAAGGAGAAAUGGAUGCCCUUCCAUACAGUCUUGGGCGCCCAUGAACUCUUCAUCGUGGAGAACAUCCACCACAAUCCUGAGCUGCAGUGGGAUGAGAAGUGCCGAUUCUUGGCGAUGUUCGUGUUCAGGGCACACUGCCGCGGCACCAUCUUCCGAGAGGCUCAGCUUCCUCAUAUGCGACGCGACGAAUUCUGGAGGAAUCCCAUCUCCUACUUCAAGGAGAGCGGAAAGAUCACCCGCAGCAUGCUGGCGUAUCGCAAGAAGACGGGACAUGCUUUGCAGACCUCGGCCUUCCUUGCCAUCCCGAAGCGGCUCUGCCAGGACGACGACGAGAAUUUGGUCCAAAAUGUGGCCCAGAGGACUCGAACACUGCUGGAGGUUGCAGAACAACUGUGGCCAAUCCUGCACAAUGACAGUCUGGCAAGCAUGGAGAAGUUCGAGGAAAUUUCGCGGACGAUCCAAUCAGGAUAUUGUCUUGGCGAGACAUGGGCAAAGAUGCUCAUGGUGAGCAUUGACAUUGCUUACCCGAACGAGCAAUUGCUGGCAAAUAGCUGUGAUGUUGGCGUCGGAGCCCUGAAGGCACUCCAACGACUCUUCAAUGGUAGUUGUCCUUUAGACAUGCGGGAGGCCCUGCGAAGGGCGACCAAAGCGGCCAACGAGUCGCAGCGCCGGGCGGCUCGAGGCUUUUGGAGCCUCCUCAGCCAGGUGGAGGCUAUGGCGAAGAAUCGCUUCGCAAAGCUACCGUUAGUUCUGCAGCAGGUGUCCACGGGCGUCGGUCAGCUCAGCCCAGUCACAAUGCAGGUACAGCUAUGUGAAUGGCGCCAGUUCAUGGAUCACCUCGCGAAGGCUGGAGCUUCUGUGCUCACAAGCAACGGCUGCUUCAUUGACGAUGAUGAUGGCGAAGAGGUACCAGCCGAGGGACCUGUGCAGAAGUAUCGCCGGGUCACUGGCAAGCAGCAACAAGGCAUGGUCUCGCAAGCAGAUGCUGAGUUGCGCGAUGCGAGCCAGCGCUGCCACAAUCCGCCUCGCAUUGAGGCUUUGAGCGACUCGGAAGACGACAGGCCAAUCCUCUCCCUUGCCGAGGCAUCCAAGCCAGCCGCAAAAGUCAAAACCGCUUGUCCAAGCAAUCGAGCGGAGGAACCCCAGCUCCCGGCGCUUGGAAAACACGAGGCUGCAUACCUUCAGCAGGAGCAAGCCGUGCUGAGGAAAGAAACCGUGAAGAAGCAUGGGGCCGCAAAGCUGCUAAAGGCCGCCCGGGAAGAGUUGGACUCCGCGAAUGCAGCGUACCAAUCGUUGAAGGUCCAGGUCAGGGAAGCCAUGUGCCGAAGGGACACCUGUCAGGAGGCCCUCAACCAAGCAGAGCUGGACGUCAUGGAGCAAAGCGAGCUCAUGCAGCAAUCGCAGUGGGAUUUGGAUUGCUUGAAGGAGACCCUCACCCAGCUGGACGCCAACUAUGCAGCACUUUCAACUGCCGAGCAGAAAGGCCACCUCCUCGAUAUCACACAGGCAUGUGGCCGCAUGCCAGCUUUGGCAGAGCGUGUUGCAAUUGCUUCAUCCGCAAGGCAGUCGACCAUGCAAGACUUCUUGAACGCUGUUCAGGACGAUUGCGAGGCUUCACACGCUAGGUAUGAAGAGCUCGAAGACAAACACGCA